GCGACUUUCACACUGCUGUCUUUACGUCUCAUCCAAUGUUGUGUUUGUGCCUUGGCAAUCAAUACAUUUAUAAAGGUACAUUACACUUAUUGAUAAAGGUAAACAUUUGCUGCGAAUGUACGCGCGAAACAUCUGUCAUGACGUCAUAAUACUCAUGUGUAGCGUGUAAAAGAUGUAGCGCGCUUUUUGUUAUCGGUGGCAAGCGAGCUGAUCGAUCACUCUAGAUCAUGCCAUUAGUUUUCAGUCAAUAAAGACUCAAGUCUUCAUCUUUGAUGUUUUUGGUUUACAUUGCAUCGCUCUGUGUCAACUACAGUACACAACAGACAUCUGGGUGAUGGAGCUCCUGCCCAUUCUGGACCCAGAGGACAAACCUUCCAACAGACAAUGGUAUGUUGUUGUGCCCACAGGAUGUGGUCCUGGUGUUUCUGUGGGUCACACCUGCACAUAUCUGCCCUCCAGUGAUGGAGGCAAGGGAAGGAUAUUAGUCAUCGGAGGAGCCAAUCCGAAUGGAAGCUUCACAGAUUCUUACAUUAUAAGUCUAGACACUCAUGAAUGGGACAUUCCAGAAUGGGACGGGCUGCUGGCACGUUAUGAACACUGCAGCUUUGUUCCCGAGAGUGACCCGCAAAGUCUCUGGGUGUUUGGAGGGGCAGAACAGAACGGAAACCGCAAUUGCAUUCAAGUCUUGCACACAUCAGGCGAUGUUAAAGGACACGGUUCGUGGAAAACAGUCCAGGUGAAAGGGACGCCUCCGACAGCCAGGACGUACCACACAAACUCAGCGUGCAUUGGAGACAGGAUCUUCGUCUUCUCUGGAGGGGACGCUGGGACAUCACCAGUUACUGAUCCUCAAGUCCACGUUUUUGAUACAGUCACUGCGAGCUGGUCGCAGCCAGAGACCAUAGGAAAGCCUCCAGCUCCGCGCCACGGACAUGUGAUUGCAGCUGUGGGAUCGGUUAUCUACAUACAUGGAGGAAUAGCAGGAGAGAAGUUUCACAAUGACAUGUUCUCACUGAACACGGAAACACUGAAGUGGGAGAAAGUGAAAGCUAAAGGAGAUGUUCCUCCAGGAACUGCAGCACAUUCAUCCGUCACCAUUGGGAAAAACAUUUUCAUCUUUGGUGGAAUGACAUCAGAAGGAGCAACAAAUUCCAUGUACAAGUUUCAGUGUGACAAACAGCGCUGGACGUUGCUGAAGUUUGAAGGAGAUCUUCCUCCCAGCCGAUUGGAUCAUUCCAUGUGUGUCGUGCCGUGGCGUGUGAAAACCACAGACAGAGAACAUGCAAAUCAAAACUCUGAAGCAGAUGUGGUGUAUUUGUGCUUUGCCUUUGGAGGAAUGGACACUCAGGGCCUGAUAUUCAACGAUUGCCUGGUUACAGUGCUUACAUGACGUCUGUAUUUUUCAAUAAAUCAGUUCUAUUCCCCCCAAAAAAGACCAUUAUUGUUUGUUUUUUAAGAAUGGCUGAACCUGAAAAUUUUAAGUUUCAACUGAUUUUUCAGAUUACUAAAGUAUACAAAUAUUCACCAUGUGUUUGGGAAAUGACAUGAGAAUGUCAGACAGGACAAAAAGUAGCUUUUAAUAUUUUCUUAGAAAUUUAGUUUUUUGAAUUCUGGUUUUUAAACCAUUCUGAAAUGAUUUGUUAAUGUUAACUAUCAAUAUAAUGUAAAACAAAUUCCAUAUUUUACCAAGUAUUUUUUUCCAUAAUUUUACAUGUUUUUGUUAGUGACCAUUUGAUCUUCUCAAGCAUUAAUCGUUUUCAAGAAAACUGUGUCACUUCAAGGAAUAUUCCGGGUUCAAUACAAGUAAAGCUCAAAUCAGCAGCAUUUGUGGCAUUACCACAAUGAUUACCACAAAAAUGUAUUUAGACUCAUCUCUCCUUUUUUUUUAAAUCUGGUUCCAGUGAGACACUUACAAUGGAAGUCAAUGCAGAUUUGUGCUUCUUUUAAAAGAAGGGACAAGUCAAAAAAUGUUUAUGGUAGUCAACAUUAUUCCACAAACGCUGUCAGUUGAGCUUAACUUUUAUUGAACCCGGAAUAUCCUUCAAAGAAAAUAUAAAACAAAAUGAAAAGUCCCCUCCCCCAGGAAAUUCAGUCUUUAAAUUGACUUUUUCCUUGGU